UGUGUCUCUCUUGCAGAACUGCGACAGCGACAGCAACACGCCACAACAACCGUUCAUUGCAAGUCUGGUACGUACUGCUGCCGCAUCCUCAGCUUCACCAUUCGUUAUGUCCAUCGGCCGUCCACUGGUCGAAGAGCUGCUUCCAAGGGUCCAUUGACUUCGGAGAUAAGCUAACAGCCGUAACCAGCACCUUUGUUGAGUGAAGCGACAGCGACAAGGAAGAGCAGCAGCAGCAAUGCCUUCACUCUUCCCCACUGCCAGCGCCUUGAGCGCAACCUUCGGUACCGCCACGCCGUACCAACUCAAGCAGUCCGCGCCAGCCCAGCGCUUGCCAUAUGCCGCGCGCCAGAACCUGUAUCAGAGUUGGAAUGUCGCCGAGGAUGCGCAGAAGAAGGCCACGCAGCUCAGUGAUGCCGCUGCCAAGGAGUUGAGCAAGGCAAGCAACAUGGCUCAAGCCAGAGUUGGCAAGAUCGAGCUUUACAGUGCUCAGUAUUACGCUACCUGCACCUUCGGUGGUAUGCUCGCCUGCGGUCUGACCCAUUGGGCGGUCACACCCCUCGAUCUCGUCAAAUGCCGUCGCCAAGUCGACUCCAAACUCUACAAGGGCAACUUCGACGGCUGGUCCAAGAUCAUCCGCUCCGACGGCGCCCGCGGCCUCUUGACCGGCGGUUGGGCCACCUUCUACGGCUACUCCGUGCAAGGUGCUCUCAAGUAUGGCGGCUACGAGUUCUUCAAGAAGUUCUACUCCGACAUGGCGGGCGAGGAGAACGCCAAGAAGUACAAGACCUGGAUCUACCUUGCCGGUUCCGCCAGCGCCGAAUUCUUCGCCGACAUUGGCCUGUGUCCGUUUGAAGCGAUCAAGGUCCGCACGCAAACUACUAUUCCGCCAUUCGCCAAGGGUCCCAUCGAUGGAUACAACAAGAUUGUCGCUGCCGAAGGCUUCGGAGGUCUCUACAAGGGUCUGUACCCGCUCUGGGGUCGUCAGAUCCCUUACACCAUGAUGAAGUUCGCCUCCUUCGAAACCAUCGUCGAAAUGAUCUACCACCGCCUCCCAGGCACCAAAGCCGACUACUCGAAAGCUGCACAAACCGGGGUUGCCUUCAGCGGUGGUUACCUCGCCGGUAUCCUCUGCGCCAUCGUCUCUCACCCGGCCGACGUCAUGGUCAGCAAGCUUAACGCCAACCGUCUUCCCGGUGAGAGCUUCGGCGGCGCCGUGGGACGCAUCUACAAGGACAUUGGGUUCGGUGGUCUCUGGGCUGGUCUACCAGUGAGAAUCGUCAUGAUCGGUACGCUGACGGGUCUGCAAUGGAUGAUCUAUGAUUCGUUUAAGAUCUUCAUGGGUCUGCCUACGACUGGUGGCGCGGCGCCGCCGCAGCAGGGUGCCAUUAAGGCUGGACCGGAGUCGUUGGUGAAGUAGAUAGGGCGAGAGUGAGCGAGAGGAGGCGAUGUGGAGGCAAGGGUGAGAACUACGCGAGAUGAGGACUUCUGGCUAGAGCUAUGCUUCACAGGGGACGUGGUAGAGAAGUUGUAACGAUCUUUGUACGCUUUGUGAUGAAUCAAAAGAGAUGCAGA